UGCGCAGAAUCACUUUCCGAAUCAAUGAACAGGGUGAAAGUGAAGAUCAUGUGAGUGUGUUGGAAAUGACCGCUGUUUCCCCGCGUGUCCCCUGUAACGUUAGAUGUUUCGACGGUGUUGCCGGUGUGUUGGUCAGCCUUCCCCCCGCCGGUGGUGCGGUCAGUGAUGGGUGUUAUUGUUCGGAAUCUACAGAAUGUGGUUCCGGUGAGGCGCGCGCGGCUCCGCAGGGAUGUGGAGAUCCUCAGACACAUCUUCGGCGUGCAGAAGUUCGACAUGGGCAUCAUCUGCGUGGACAACCGCAAGAUCCAGCGCAUCAACCACACUUACCGGCGGAGGAAUCAGCCCACAGACGUGCUGUCCUUCCCCUUCUAUGAGGACCUGAGGCCGGGAAAAGUGCCGUGUGCCCUACAGAGGGAUGAGUACAACCUAGGGGACAUCUUCUUAGGGGUGGAGUACGUGAUGCAGCAGUGUAAAGAGACCAAGCAGGAUCUGCACCAGACGCUGACGGUGGUCACGGCUCAUGGCAUCUGUCAUUUACUGGGAUACAGACAUGAAACUGAAGAGGAGUGGAACGAGUUCUGUUUCCCGCAGAUGCAGCAGAAGGAGAGCUACAUUCUCAGCGAGUUCAACAGGCUAACAGGCAGUCAUCUGGAGCCGCUCACCAAAAGAUGAUGCACACACAGAGCAUAAAUGCGGGACAUUUGCUGCGGAGAUGCACUACUGAUGAAUCAAAACCACAAAACAAGCUGGAGUUUUCUGUUUUCUAAAUAAAGUUUAUUUUAAAACGUGUGUAAGGAAGUCAAAGACUGAAUACUAAGCAGUUGGGUAGAGCUUAUAGCAC